UUUGGUCCGUAUUCGAGAUUCCGCUGUUCGGCCGAUAGAGAAACAGCGUUGCAAAUUGUUUGUCAAUAUUUUGGAGUUUCAUAAUAUUUUAACGAAUUUGUAAUAGUUAUGAUACGUUCACCUUUAUAUUUUUAUAAUGAUAUAUCCGAAGUGAAGAAAUAUUUUGAUCUUUGAUCCUUUAAAGUGAUUGCUGUCCCAAUUUUUCCUAUCGAGGGUAUGGAAUAUUUCAAUGUGUGCACGCACACACACAUACAUACACACAUACGCAUAGAAUAAUAGUAUCUAAUAUAUGUAUAUGAUACAUCGACAAUACUGUCAACGAGUGCGUUGUGCAUGUGCAGCGAUGCUACUAGUAUAUGCAACGCUGAAAUCCCAUCUGUUUGAUUAAGAAGGAAAAUGUUGAAAAUAUUUCUUAACAUUGGAAAGAAUUGACUAUAUUUAAGAUAGAUCUUAUCCAAUUGCAUGGAACUUCAAUUAUAUUUAUAAAUGGUGAAAAAAUGCAAUCCUUUUUUAAAAGUGAAACCUUGAUGUAAAAAGGAAGAGAAAAACAAUACACAAAAGGAUAGGUAAUUUUAAAUGUAAAGAAGAAUCUUUUAUCUUGUCACUCCAUUUUGGUAAGUCGACAAGUCAAGAUAAAUAUUCAUUUUGCAAAUUUGCUGAUAUUAUAAAAAUCUUAUUUAUUUUAUAUCUCUUCAAUAUGUAUAUGAACGUAAGCAGACAACGCAUUUAUAUAUUUGUUACAUGAAAUUUUUUUCCAAUAAUUAAAACUGCUUAACAAUUCAAAAAUAAUAGAUUGUAAUUAAUAAUAUUAUAUAUUUGUUAUAGAUAUAUGCCAAACAUGUAUGUUAUCAAAACAAUGAUGUAUCCAAGAUAUGUAGGUGGUCGAUUUAACACGGAUGCAUACAUUAGACAAUUGUGUAUCCUAUUUAGUUGAUGCACAAAAUAUUGUCUUAGAGACAUUUGUUAUUUUUAUUGCAUAUCUUUAUUCUUGCUCUUUUUGAGCAUCCUUAUUGUCAUAGAAUAUUCAGUGUUCACAAAAUCACUUUUAAUGAGGCUGAAAUCACGAACAAGAAGGCAAACUCUCUUUUGAGAAAGUACAGUGUUUUACGACUGACUUUGAUGAACAAUGAACCAUUCCGGAAGCGGAAAACGUCAGGCGAAGGUUCUGGAAGAAAAUUAUUGGGACUGCAGUGUCUGCACAUAUAGAAAUACAGCGGAAGCAUUUAAGUGCCUCAUGUGUGACGUCCGCAAAGGAACUUCCACGCGGAAACCCCGCAUUAAUCCUCAAUUAGUGGCACAACAGGUUGCACAACAGCAAUAUGUGCCACUUUUAAAGCCUGGCAAAAAAGAAGGAAGUAGUGGUAGUAGUACAACUAGCAGUGGAAAAGAAAAAGACCGCAAACUGGACAAACCAAGGCGCAAGAGUAGGCAUCCACCUCGUCUCAAAAAUAUAGAUCGUAGUACGGCUCAAACCAAUGAAGUAACGGUAAAUAAUGUUACCGUUGUUAUUACUGAAUAUAAACCAAAAGUUAAAAAAAGUUCGGAUCAGUCUGGUAUUUCCAGCAGUGCUUCUUCUGAAAAUGGAAGUCAGCAUGAUUCCAACCAAGACUCUAGAAGUCUGGAUAUAGGAACUGAUGCCUAGGUCAAUACUAUGUCACAUAUAUGUGUGGAUUAUUCUAAUUAAUAUAUUAUAUGUCAGUUUCCAUGUACAGUUGUACACCUUGUGGGCAAAAGCGACAAUUUUGUCUAUCUGUUACAGCUACACAAUAAGUCAGGCAUUUUAUGCUAUCAAUGGAAUCUUUAUUUUAUACUAUUUUCUUAAUAAUCUGUACUAUUAAAGACAAGUUAUUUAUAAUAUAAGAAAUUGUACUUAACUAUCUUAUAUUUAUUUACUAAUUCACAUAUUAUAGUAAAUUUUCAUGAUUAGUAAUAUUUGUUUUAACUCUUAUACAAAAUUUAUUCAUAUAUAUCAUAGAUUUUUAUAUUUAAUUUACUUACAAUCCAUAUUUAUGCAAAAAUUGUAUCAUUAUAAAUUUAUAAUCCAUUGUUAACAUAAUAAUGUCUGUGACUUUUACUGAAUUUGAAAAACCACUGCCAGAGAGCAUGUUACAAGAUUAUUAUUACUAUUAAAAUCUUUUAACAGAGCUCAUGACACAUUAGAUGUCAUUAUGCAUUGUAUGAAUAGUUUUAGUUAACAUGCUUGUGUGAGCAAAAAUAUAUCAAACAACUGGCACUGGUACAUAUAUACAUCUUUUCUGCAUUCCAGUUCAUUAAAUUAUUAAAAAGAUAUUUACCAUUUAAUUGUGUAAAGAUUUCUGACUUUCCAAGUUGUGUAUUAUCUACUUUUAUUUGAUAUAUUUAUUAAUUAAAGAGAAAAUAUACUAUUUUUAUGUUACUUUAAAAUCUAGAAAAUUUUGCUUAUUAAAUUUAUAUAAAUCAUGUAAUUUUAAUUUUCUCUGUAGCACAAAGUAGAAUAUAAAUUGGCCAAUUAUUUUUUUUUUUUUCUUUUUUUUUUAUAUAUUUUAAAUACCUCUAUAAACAAAAUCUUAUGUUAUUUUUUCAAGUGCUCACACUUUGCAUUAUAAUAUUUUAAUGUUUAAUCGAAAUAUUUGUCUUGGGACAAAGGACUAAACCUAAUAAUUUUAAUAUAUUUCAUUAGUUUAACUUGUUGCAAUU